GUGCUCGUGACGGGCGGCGCCGGGUUCGUGGGGAGCCACCUUGUGGACCGGCUGGUGGAGCGCGGCGACAGCGUGAUCGUGGUGGACAACUUCUUCACGGGGCGCAAAGGGCAACGUGGCGCACCAUCUCCAGAACCCCAGGCUCUGAGGAAGGAGCCUUUGACAGUCUAUGGUGAUGGCAAGCAGACUAGGAGCUUUCAAUAUGUCUCAGAUUUGGUGGAAGGGCUGAUGAAGCUCAUGGAAGGGGAUCACAUUGGACCAUUCAACCUCGGUAAUCCGGGAGAAUUCACCAUGCUGGAGCUGGCCAAGGUGGUUCAGGACACCAUCGACCCAGACGCACGCAUCGAGUUCCGUCCAAACACUGCAGACGAUCCACACAAGCGCAAGCCUGACAUCAGCCGCGCAAAAGAGCUCCUUGGCUGGGAGCCCAAGGUUCCCCUUCGUGAGGUCUUCCCGCAUGGUCACUGA